UCCAGUCAAGAUAACCUUCAACGCCCAUGAAAGCAAUAAAGGUGGUUGCAACUUACAACUUAAACCAAUCUAACGAAUCCAAAAACCAUUGAGAAUUUUGAGAGCCAAAAAAAUGGCAGAGCCUCACCCAAUCGAAGAAGCGAACGAAGAGAGUCCAUUUGGCUCCUUAACACCAGACGAGUUCUACGCGCGUCACUCAGUGAGUCACGGCUCCGAGUACAUAACCAACCCUAGAGGUCUCAAGCUCUUCACUCAGUGGUGGACCCCACUCCCUCCAACCAAAACGAUCGGAACCCUAGCUCUUGUCCACGGCUUCACCGGCGAGUCCAGCUGGUUCCUCCAACUCACCGCCGUGUAUUUCACCAAAGCCGGCUUCGCCACCUGCGCCAUCGACCACCAAGGCCACGGCUUCUCCGACGGCCUCAACGCUCAUAUUCCGGAUAUCAAUCCCGUCGUCGACGACUGUAUUUCCUUCUUCACCUCCUUCCGUGCGCGCCACGCGCCGUCUUUGCCUUCCUUUCUCUACUCCGAGUCCCUUGGCGGCGCCAUCGCGCUUCUCAUCACGCUCCGUGAGGGGCGCGUGGGGUUGGACUGGGACGGCCUCGUCCUCAACGGCGCAAUGUGUGGAAUCAGCGCCAAAUUCAAGCCUCCAUGGCCUUUGGAGCACUUACUCUCCCUAGUCGCAGCCUUGGUCCCCACCUGGCGCGUGAUUCCCACGCGGGGAUCCAUUCCGGACGUUUCUUUUAAAGAAGAGUGGAAGCGGAAGCUGGCGAUUGCGAGCCCAAGAAGGACAGUUGCUAGGCCACGCGCCGCCACGGCGCGUGAGCUGAUUAGGAUUUGUAACGAACUUCAGGGGAGGUUCGAGGAGGUUAAGGUGCCUUUGCUUAUAGUUCACGGCGGUGAGGACGUGGUGUGUGACCCGGAGAGCGCAGAGGAGUUAUACAAACGCGCUGCGAGUGAGGAUAAAACGCUCAAGAUAUACCCAGAUAUGUGGCACCAGUUGGUUGGUGAGCCUAAGGAGAGCGUUGAACUUGUUUUCGGGGACAUGUUGGAAUGGCUUCGGACCCGCGCUAAACGCGUCUCCAAUGCACGCGCCUCUGGUAAUGAUGGCAGCGCGUAAGUUACAGGAAUAAGAAAAUGACAGUAAUAAUGUUAAAAGUUUAUACAAUGUAAUGUAGUAACCUAUGGCAGCAUGCUGCGUGGCUGGAAUUUAGUUGUUAAUUAAAAUAAUGAGUUAUAUGGUUUUUUUUUUC